CCCUUUUCCCAGCUGACACUGUGACAAUGGGGAGAUUCUGCAAUGGAUCAGCUAUCCAGGAUUUCCGGCGGAACCUGUUAGCCGGGCACUUUGUUGCUGAGGGGAAGCAGUUACCGACGCACGCGCAGCCCAUGCAUGGAGGUCACAUGGUUCAGAGAUGAUCAGAUCCCUGCAGUUUGUUCUCAGAGCAGGCAAAGCUGUCUUAUGGCAUCCCUCACCAACACAGAGAUCACUUCAUUGCUCCCAAUGUCUGCGGAAAUCCACAGUGAAUAUGAGCUGGAAGGGGAAUGCAGCGGAGUCAGAGCCUGGAGGAGACAAUGGUAAAAUCAGUUUUAAUGAUGUUUAUACAGAGGAAGAUGCAGACACCAUUCUCCACGUUCUCAAUACUGCAUCCGAGGUCGAACUUUCUGGAAUUAAACUCUUACGGGGGAAGAAAUCUUCAAGCAUUGUACAAUACAGACAGGAAAACGGACCCUUUCUGGAUCUAAACAGUCUGGUGAAUGUACCUUAUUUCCAAUCCAAAAUUACAAUGAAAGUUUUUGAAUCCAUCCUCCAUUCUGAAUCGAAAGACCAUAGGAAGGAACGGAAAACAGAGGUUAAGGCAACAUCGAAACUAAUUAAACCUGGUAUACCUGCGGACCGACUUGAUGCCGCAGAGAGCAUAGUUUCCAUUGUUUUUGGAACUCAAAAAAUAGCCUGGGCUCAUGUGGACCGUAAGAUGACCGUCUUGGCCUGGGAUCAAGAGGACUGGCAUCGAUUUAUGAAGGGGAUCUACCACAGCCACAUCUACUGGGAGGAUAUUUCACCAAUUGUCUCCAGGAUCCCAAAAGCAGAUUUUUAUGUUUUGGAAAAACCUGGCAUUCCCAUUCAGAACAGCAAUCUAUUUCCAGUGACUUUACACUUGCAUAUGGUAGAAGCCAUGCUGUACAGCUUGCUGAACACACGGUAUGCGGCAGAUGAUAAUCACUGUGUGGUUAGUAUGGGACGUUCAAUUGUAGGUAAACAUUUUGCCCUCAUGGUUGGUGAGUCCCGGACAAGUGGAGUCGAUAUCGUAAAGCAGUUACUUUUGGAACCGGGUGUUCCGGGAAAAUCCUGGGUGAAAUUUUUACCAGAAAUUAUCCUCCGCUACAGAAGUCAGUUUCAAAUGAGAAGACAGAAGAGGAACGAGGAGCUGUGUGAUGCAUUAUUACAGGCCAUCACCUUCUAUGACCUAAUUGUGACUUAACUUUUUUCUUUUUUACACAAAUCCUACCUCUGUGGCUUCUAAUAAAGGAAAAGAUGGUAUAACCAAGGUGAUAAAUUCACACUCCAGAAUGGUAUCUCCCUUUUCUGCUUGAACUACUUUACUUUUCAAAUGAAAGGGUAUGGAACUGAACAUUUACAGCCAUGACAAUUUUAACAGCACAUCUGUACAAUGUCUACAUUCUCAGU